UAAACGGCUCCUAACAGCUGCAGCCCGAAGCUUCGCCAGUUGUUGUCGAACAGCUGAGCAGUGCGGCCGCGUGCGAGUACUUCUCCCCUGGUCACUUGGUGUGUCUGGCUCUGUGUGUUUUGUUGUUUCGCGCCCCGCCAGCGGCGAUCGAAUCGCAGCGGAAACGGUUCACACCGAUCAACGCGCACACCACUGGGCAGAGCACGGGACGAUCGAGCCUUCACCAGUGUGUGCCGUGUGUCAGUUUCAGAAAUGAGAGGAAUGAUUGAUAUGUUUUGAGUAUUUGGUGUGUGUGUGUGUGUGUGUGUGUGCGAGUGACACCAAGUAGACGCGCGGUAGUGCUACCGGAAGUUGUGAAAUUUUACGCGAAAUUCGAAAACAUGUGAAAGCAACAGCGAUCAUUUUUUGUCACAGUUUGUGGGAUGUUUUUAUUGUUUAUUUUUUGUUUGUUUUUGGACAAAGUGAACAUUGAAGUACGGAAAAUUGUCAGCCAAAAACCCUCACUCUAGCAACCAAUCAAAAGUGAACAACGCAAAGGUUGAACGCCUGAACAUUCGUCUCAAGUUUACGUGCAGACUCUCCGGACACUUUGCUUUCCUUCUUCCGGUGCCCCUAUUCCACCAAUGUCCUUCGCGGGCGGCCAACUAUCAACCGAUUGAUCUGUUUGUGGUGUGUGCGUGAAGUAUAGCUCAGCCGUAACCUUAGCGACAGGAUGAGAUCGCCGGCGCUCGGCGACGGCAAGGGCAUCCCGGAGGAGCUGGUGUCCGCGGUGAUGCAGGUGCUGCUGGGCGAGAAGAACUACAGCGUGAACGGGGACUACAGUGCGCCGUACCUGAAGCCGGUCGUCGCCCGCAUCUACCCGCUGUUCAUACUGCUGUACGCGAUACCGACCGCGCUCGGGCUGACGCUGAACGUGAUGAUCAUCGUGUACAUCAGCAAGUACAAGCUGUACCGGGACGUGACGCACGCGUUCCUGGUCAACCUGGCCGUCUGCCACUGCGUCCAGUGCGCGUUCGUGCUCCCGAUCACGCUCAUGGUGAUGAUCAUCCAGAACUGGGUGUUCGGCCAGUUUCUCUGCUUCUUUCUGCCGCUGCUGCAGGACAUCCCGCUGCACGUGGCCAUGCUGUCUCAUCUGCUGAUUGCCUGGGACCGCAAACGGUGGCUCACCGAUCCGCUCAAGGUGCGGCUGCCGGCGUUCGUGUGCAGCUGCGCUUCCUGGCUGGCCGGGCUGGUCAUCGCCCUGCCGUACCCGAUCUACACCACCUAUCUGGACCUGGAGAAAUAUCUGCCGGGCUUUGCCGGCGUGGGCAUCUGUGCGGUCAACCUGGUGGACGACAUGCAGGAGUACAUGCGGGGCCUGUUCGUGAUCAUGUACUGCGCACCGAUGACUCUGCUGGGCUAUCUCUACAUCCGCACGUCCCGUGAACUGCGUCCCCCGGACGGACCACUCUCGAUAAUGAUGUUCGAAGCCCGGGCCGAAGCUCGCAGCCGUCAAAUCCGCCUGUCCAAGGUGGGAGGCGCAAGCGGCAACCCAGCAGCAGCCGGUGGCGGGACGGCCGAGCAGCAGGGCGGAGCAGCCGGUUCCGCGACCGCCAACCUGGCCGGCAACGCCCGGACAUACGAUCUGUACGACGCGGAGGCGGACGUCAACCGCGAAAAGCGCACCCAGCGGCAUCUCGGCGCGAUGGCCUCCUCCCAGGUGCUGUGCGUCUGUCCGCUAAUGAUCCUCAGGCUCGCCCGUAUGACGGUGGCGGAGACGUACGAGAACCAGGCGCACUACGACAUCACCUUCCUGAUGUUCGUCUGGAUCGCCUUCCUGCCGACCAUCAUCGUGCCGUGGAUCUAUGCGGCCUGGGUGCUCUCGAAACCAACAAAGGAGCGUCUCCGUGGCUACCUGCGGCUGUCGUCCCGGCGCAACACCACCACCCGCUCGGAGCAGUCGCUGGACGAGCCGGGCAGCACACCCCCCGGCAAGAACGUCCCACCGGCCACGCCCCUCUCCUCCGUCGGGGUCCCGCUCAAACCCUCCGCCACGGCGGGGGCAGGCCGCCCAGGCUCCCCGCCAUCCCACCGGCGCACCGGCUCGCACGGCCGCCCAGGGGCACCGGGCAGCACCCGGACCGGCUCCCUCCACACCGACACCCCGCUCACCGUCACCACCUCGAUGACGGAGCCGUCGAAAUCGCCGGCCGGCAGCAGCAGUGCGCGCACCGUCGAGACGACCAUCUCCCGCCAAUCCUCGAUCGGGCGGCCCCGCCGCCAGCUGCCCCCGCCGCUCCGCAUCGAGGAGAGCAACUUCCACCAAGCGCCCUCGGUCCGGUCGUCCUCCCGCACGCUCGCCUCCUCCUCCGCCACCGCCCACAACUCCUCCGUCCGGUCGACGGCGAGCCGGGCGAGCCGGGCGAGCAGCACCGACCCGCUCUACCCCUCGCGCCGCUACAGCACCCACAGCCGGCAGCUCUCGUCCGCCCUGUCCCAGGCCGAGGACGAAGAUGACGUCAGCUCGCUCGUCGGCAACAGCUCGGACAUUACCUCCAGCACGUACUGCUGCACGGGCGAGGGGGCCGGCGGUGGCUACGGGGAAGAUCCGCUCGGUGCGCGUCGUUCGCUGACGGGCCCGCUGGGCGCCCCGUACCGGCGGCGCAGCUCCGCCCAAACCGCCGGCUCCAGCCACCUAUCGGCCGCCCGACCACUCUACCCUCCUUCCUCCGCCGACGAGCUGCGGGACGACGGGAUGGUGGCGAGUGCGGCCGCACCGAACGGGGGGCCGCCGGCCCCCCACGACAACGACGACGACGAGGACGACGAGUCGGAGAUCUUCAGCUCGGUGUCGCAGCCGUCCGCCCGCAAGCGCCCGGUCGGCAUCCUCAAGGCGACGCCCUCGAUCGUGUCGAUCAGCGAGAGCGAGUACUCGUCGCGCAAGGGCUCGUUCAGCACGCUGUCCCGCGACCUCGAGAUCAUCGACCAGCUCGAGCGGGAGCGCAGCAUGGACAUCCAGGAGAUGAUCCAGCGCGAGAAGUCGUACGAGCAGUAUCUGUCGCGCCAAAACUCCAAGCUCAAGUUCUCCACCAACUUUGACGACUACUUCGAGGCGGCGGCGGCGGCGGCCGCCUCCCGCCCGAGCCACCGAUCGUGGCGCCGUCCCAUCAGGCGGGCGGUGCGCAGCUGCCCCCGCAGCCCGGCUCCACCACGCUGGGGGGCAGCCUGUCGCCGCGCCGGUCCCGCUCGCCGAUGCAGCGGCGCAACAGCCAGCUGCAGCCGGUCGGUGUACCGCUCGCGCUCGACCGGGGGCAACCGUUCGGGCCGCGGCGCUCGAUCGAGCUCGAGCGGCGCUUCCACCGGACGUACUCGACCAGCGGCUCCACCCGCAGCUCGACCAAGUCGCGCGACCGCAUCACCUUCCAGGACGACGUCUGAGUGUUGGGCCCGGGUGGCGGGGGUGGCGGUGGUGGUGGUGGUGAUGGUGCGGCAAAGCUAGCCGUCCACCGGGCCGUCCGCAGCCCGGGCCGCGAUCUGCUUGUGUAGAUUGGCGCGACGACCAAACCACUCCCAGUCCAGCCCAGUGUGUGUGUGUGUGUGUGUACGUAAAAAUAAUUACAUGCAGCCAGGGAUGUACCAGAUCGGGUAUUUUCAAAUUUGGGAAGAACAAUUCACAAGCAUUUACGGUAUUUUCCCGGGUAAAUUGGGUUUUCGCAACGGCUCAACAGCUGAUGAGAGGUUUUGCAAAUUGGACGUAAUUGGUAUCUAUAACAUGGCUACGAUGAAACGGGUAUCCAAGUACUAGUGGAGGGGUCAUUCGGGCUAGGUCGGGUAAAAGUAGGUUCAAUACCCGAACUGAACUCGCACCAACGGAUCGGAGUUGCUUAUGCUUGUUCGCUCCUACUGCUGGACGUCGGGUCGUGAAAUGAAUCGUAGGUGCCAGCUCUAAAUUCUACGAAUGCUCGUGGAAUAGCGUCAGUUUAUAUGUAGGGGAAGGGAAAGGUAAAGACUGCCACGUUAAGGGAAAUGGUAAAAAUCUGCGGAUAUAUAAGUGCAACGACCAUGAAAAUGUGCAUCUUACACUCAUGCUUUAGCAGAAAAUGUGUUGAAUCUUUUAAGUUUUCGUCGAUUUUUGCGUUUUUUGCAUGAAUGAAAAACAUGAUUCAAAAACUUUUGAAAUCUUUGGGUAAAACGGACAUCUAAUAUGGGAAAAGAUGGAUACCAUGAAGGGUAAGACAGACACCUAUGAAAAUAACGUUGGAAAUUGAAAAGGUUUAUAGUAUUUUAACAUAUCCUAUUGGUUUCCACAUAGUGGUACGUAUAUAAACCAAUUCUAGGCCAAUUGGAACGGCGGUUCAUUCAGCCGUGAAUUUAGGAAUUGUAAGCGGCGCUUGUAACAUAUCGUAGAAUGCAGCAUCUAAAGCAUCUGUUGAAAUAUCGCACACCAAUAGCUGACGUUGCUCCAGCCUGCAGAACAGCAGUCUAGAACUUCCUUUUAAGGAAAUUACUCCGCGAAAAGUCCACGACCCCAGUAUUUGUUGAGGGACUUGUUAAUAGUUAAAGCCAUUUUUCAAUCAACAUUUGAUAUUUGCAAACCCGUAGGAUUUCUCAUCUCUUUAUUGCUUGAAGUUGUGACAAGAUAUUGGAUUUCGUGAAGCGCCUCAUCAGCGUCGAGCGAGUAAUACUAUAACGAAGGGAUACUAUUUUGACCGGUGUUUCAUUUCUCGCUUAUUUCAACACUUUCUCUUGCUGCUGAUUGGUUUAUAGCUGCAGAAUACUCUUAUUUAAUCCAUCCAUCUUUGCAUCAUCAAUUGAUAUGAGAAGUAAAAUAAAUCAAUAAAUUCGGUAUCCAUCUUUGGUGUCCCGACUAAGUGUCUGUCUUUCCCGCUUUGGUGUCCGGAUGUUUAAACCACCAGAAAACAAGUUUUUUUUCCAUUAAUGAUCACGACAACUCAUUCAUGAGAUAAAGCUUCCGGACAUUUAAACAACACAAGUUGUACAGCCUAAGAUCCGCAGUGGUCAAGGUAGAUCCACAAGGGUGCAAACGAUUGAAAAUUUAUUUUGACCAUAGAUUUAACCAAUUUUGCAUAUAUUAUG